UCUGACUGACUUCCGGUUAGAAAGCUCACGCGGGAGGAAGUCGAUCACUCACGUCGUGACUCGAAAGCAUUCGUGCCAGUUGAAGUUUAUCUUUUUUUUUUAAUAUUGAAUCGUCAUGACUAGGGGACGUAUUGAACUAGGGGACAUCACCCAACACAACAUUAAACAGCUAAAGAAACUGAACCAGGUUGUCUUUCCAGUGACAUACAAUGACAAAUUCUACAAGGAUGUUUUGGAAGUAGGGGAACUUGCCAAACUUGCAUACUACAAUGACAUAGUGAUUGGUGCGGUGUGCUGUCGAGUUGACACAUCAGAGAAUCAGAGACGGCUGUAUAUAAUGACGUUGGGUUGCCUGGCACCAUAUAGACGACUUGGCAUUGGUACUGUGAUGUUGGAGCAUGUGUUGAAGAUUUGUCAUGAUGAUGGAAACUUUGACAAUGUCUUUUUACACGUGCAAGUUAACAACGAGGGUGCCAUCAGGUUCUAUGAGAAAUUUGGUUUUGAAAUAGUGGAAGAAAAGAAAAACUAUUACAAACGGAUUGAACCUGCCGAUGCUUAUGUGCUUCAGAAGUCUUUUCGCCAACCUAAAGCCAUGCAGAAUGGUGAAGCUGAGAAAAAGUCAUGACAUGGCCAUCUCUGUAGAUUCAUUUUGACUGUUCAUUUCUUCUCUUGUCACAAUGUCAUAGGCCUGAAGGGGAGGGGGGUUGGAAGUUAAUCUCUAUCCAAAAGUUGAGAUUUUUCACAAACUGGUUUGUUCUUUACCUUAAUUUUUCUAAUGAUGGAUUCAUUUAUUGGAAACAACUGAGUUGACUACACAGUAAUUCAGGAAAUGUCCUGCUCUAUUCAAACUACAUCAGGAAGGGGAUUAUAAAUUUUA